AUGGGGGAGCCAAGAGUUAGCACUAGCUCUCAAUCAUCAACCUCAUCAAAACCUCCUCCACCUGCGCCACCAUUGUCCCUUCUUCAACCAUCAACCAAGAAAAAAAACAAGCCAAAAGUUCUUCGCGUUUUUCGAUCUGUUUUUCGAUCAUUUCCCAUCAUAUCACCUGCAUGCAAGUUCCCCACUCUUCCGGGAGGCAAAAUACCGGAUGGAAGGAACAAUGCCGGCUCGCGAAUCACGGGCACGUUGUUCGGAUACCGGAAAGGCCGCGUUAGCCUUUCCAUACAAGAAAACCCUAGGACUCUCCCCACGUUGGUUGUAGAGCUGGCCAUGCAGACCACCGUAUUGCAAAGGGAAAUGAGCAUAGGGAUGGUUAGGAUUGCAUUAGAAUGCGAAAAGAGGCCUGAAAAGGACAAGACAAAAGUGUUAGAGGAGCCCAUGUGGACAAUGUAUUGUAAUGGGAAGAAAGCUGGUUAUGGGGUCAAAAGGGAGGCUUCAGAGGAAGACUUGUACGUCAUGGAAGUUCUCAAGGCCAUUUCCAUGGGCGCCGGCGUCUUGCCUGGGAAAUCAGAGGUGGAGGGGGCAGAUGGGGAAAUAGCAUAUAUUCGGGCACAUUUUGAACGUGUGGUUGGAUCAAAGGACUCGGAGACACUGUACAUGUUGAGCCCAGAAGGGAACAAUGGACCUGAAUUGAGUAUUUUCUUUGUAAGGGUAUGA